UGUACUCGUCUCUCUGUCUGUGUGUUUGUGAAAAAUGGCAGAAGCCAAUAUUUCUGUGGCUCGGGAUCAGUUCAGUUGUUCAAUCUGUCUGGAUCUACUAAAGAAUCCAGUGGCUAUUCCCUGUGGACACAGUUACUGUAUGGACUGUAUUACAAACUGCUGGAAUCAGGAAGAUCAGAAGAGAAUCUACAGCUGUCCUCAAUGCAGACAAACCUUCAUAACAAGACCUGUUUUAGUUAAAAACACCAUGCUGGCUGAAGUGGUGGAGAAACUGAAGAAUUCAAGACUUCAAUCUUCUCAUGUUUCUACUGAUUGUUACGCUGGAUCUGGAGAUGUGGAGUGUGACGUCUGUACUGAGAGAAAACUGAAAGCAGUCAAGUCUUGUCUAGUGUGUCUGAACUCUUACUGUCAAAAUCAUCUCGACCAGCAUGAAAAUUUCUUUAAAAGUAAAAAACACAAAGUGAUUGAUGCCACUGGACGACUACAAGAAAUGAUCUGCAGAAAACAUGAUAAACAACUGGAGAUCUACUGUCGUACUGAUGAGCAAUGCAUUUGUUAUUUGUGUCUGAUGGAUGAACACAAAAACCACGACACUGUGACAGCUGUGACAGAGAGAACAGAGAAACAGACACUUUUGAUAAAGACACAAAGAAAGUUUCAAGAGAGAAUUCAGGAGAGAGAGAAGGAUCUUCAGGAGUUGAGACAGGCUGUGGACUCUCAUAAGCGCUCUGCACAGACAGCAGUGGAGGACAGUGAGAGGAUCUUUACUCAACUCAUCCGCUCCAUAGAGAGAAGACGCUCUGAGGUGACACAACUGAUCAGAGAUCAGGAAAAGACUGUAGUGAGUCGAGCUGAAGGAGUCUUGAAGCGUCUGGAGCAGGAGAUUGAUGAUCUGAGGAGGAGAGACACUGAACUGAAGCAGUUUUUACACACAGAUGAUCACAUUCAUUUCCUGCAGAGUUUCAAGUGUUUCUCUGUGACUCCUGAAUCUUCAGAUGUUUCCAGCAUUACUGUCAGUUCUCAACUCUCUUUUGAUGAAGUGAGAAAAUCUGUUUCUAAACUGAAAGAAAAACUGGAGGAUUUAUGCAAAGAAGAGAUUGAAAAUAUAUCUGGUGGAGUAACAUACACUGAAAUCAUUGCUUACACAGAACCAAAGACGAGAGAAGAGUUCCUGCAAUAUUCCAGUCUGUUCUCACUUGAUCCAAACACAGCUCAUAAAAACAUCAGUCUGUCUGAGAACAACAGUGUGGCUACAUGCACUAAUACAGUCCAGCAGUAUCCUGAUCAUCCAGACAGAUUCAGUGAUUUGUUUGAAGUGUUGUGUAGAGAGAGUGUGUGUGGACGCUGUUACUGGGAGGUGGAGUGGAGUGGUGUUGUGGAUAUAUCAGUGUCAUAUAAGAGCAUUAAGAGGAAGGGACAGGGUUAUGAGUGUGUGUUUGGAUAUAAUGAUCAGUCCUGGAGAUUGUAUUGUUCUGACUCCACAUGCUUCUUCAGUCACAAUAACACAUACAUUAAUCUCCCUGUAGUGUCCAGCUCAUGUAGAAUAGGAGUGUAUGUGGAUCACAGAGCAGGAAUUUUGUCCUUCUACAGCGUCUCUGACACAAUGACCCUCAUCCACAGAGUCCAGACCACAUUCACUCAACCUCUCCAUGCUGGGUUUUGGAUCAAUCCACACUCAACAGUGAAACUUUGUAGUCUAACAGGAUAAAAGAAACAGAGAUUUUAUUUUGACCCACAUGAUAAAUUGGUAACAGUGAGAUGUUAAAAGUAUAUUAUUAUCUAUUUAAAACGAAAAUCAUUUUAAUGAAACUCUUAUCACUGCAUGUUACUUAUUAUUAGAUAUUUCUGGUUAGAUUGGUCUAAUGAUGGAUGUGGUGUGUUAGUUUUGUACAAAAAUAUUAUUGUAUAGGACCAAACAACACAGUUGGUGUUUGUUCUGAUUUCUUUUUGUUUGAUUCCUCUUCUGGGUUUUGAAAGUUCGAGGUACUUGAGCCCUUUAAUAUUUAAUCCUGAUUUGCUUUUUCUUUGUUAGAGGUGUUUUUCUUUUAAUGUAAUGUGUGGUGUUGUCAUGAUCCCCAGUCACAUUUUCCAGUCUUUUUACCAUGUGUGCUUCUCCAAGCGAUGGCUGCAUACUAAUAUGGCUUCUAAACAUCAUCAAGCAUCGUUGAAGGAUAUCUCCAUCCGCUUUCAGCAUUCAUCUUGUGCUCCUUAUUUACCCUUUUUUUUUAAAUAAGUUUAACCUUUAUGGCUUCAAAUCAUGCAUGAUACUAUGUACACAUUCCCAGAACAUCACGAGAACCAAGUCUGCACUAGCUGAGCUAGAUCAAUUUUGUUAUAAAUAUAUAAUAUGUAUAUAAUAUGUAUAUAUAGAACAAAAUGUUUUCAGAGAUGAAUAUAUUUAUGUUUCCUUCAA